AUGUUGAGGGAUACGAUGAUAAGUUGGAAGACACAGAUGAGAAGAUUCCCAAAAAUUUUGGUCUUCAAUGUGCAUGUGAGGAAACACUAUUGGUGGCAUCUGAAAUACCUUCCCCCUUUAGUUGCUGAACCUGGUGAUGCAGUUUCCACUUUGAAUUAUGGUGCACAUGAGGAAUCCUGUCUAGGAAAUGUUGCUUUAGAAAGCCACUCUCCUCAUCUUCAAGAAAGAGAUCGUGGUGCUGAAAAUUCUUAUUUAUCUUCUGAUAGAGUGAAGGUUAUUGAAUCUUCAUGUCACAAGAGUGCCAUGUUGCUUGACCAGAUGACGGUCCAAGAACUUUGUAAGGUCUUCUGCAGAAUAUUUGGGCAUGAAACAUCAGUCAUAGACAAGCAAUGGCUGAUACACCAUAUUCCAUGUGGUAUGCAGAGCCACUGUAAGUUGGUCAAUGGUUUGAACAUGUUUGAAAGUCUUAACACUUCCAAGGUUAGUGGAGAAAAACCUAUCGUAUUAUCACCAAGAGCAUCCUCUGGAACUGCCCCCGACUCCUUCAAAGAUAUAUUGGAUAGCCAACACACAUCAGGAGACAAGCAUGUGAAAAAAGAGAAGCUUGCUAGUUGCAACUCUUUAAAAAUGUUACCUUCUCUGGUUGGAGAGGUUGGAUGUUGUUCCAUGGGUAAAACUAAUGCAGAAGAAGUACUUGUCACUCAAAGGACAAUGAAUAAGCCUACUAGGAGUUUCACUCAAGCUGCACGGUUGCAAACUUCAAGAUAUAGCUAUAGAAAAUAUGGGCCAUCUGAUAGAAAUUUGAGGGGUAAGUUUCUGGAUGUUAGAUCUCACAAGAAAUAUCACCAAAAAGGACCUGGAGCUACACAAAUUGUUUGUCAGGAAGAAUCUUUAAAGGCAUCCUCUCUUCAAGUUUCAUCUGGUCUUCCACUCCAGAAAAGGAAACCAAAGAAAUAUACAUCAUACUUGGGUUAUGACUCUAGAGAUUCCAAGGAAAAUGGAGUUUCAGUUUCAAAUGAAGAUUUUGAUACUGAACCUUCUUCAGUUAAGUCACAAGAUUGCAUCUCAGAAGAUGAUUGUGUCACAAGUAGUACGCAAAGGGGUAGGAAAUUGAAACGGGAUCAUAGGAGGUGGACCCUUGGAGAAGUGAGGAAGCUAAUCAUAGGUGUUACCGAACAUGGAGUUGGAAAAUGGACUCACAUAAAGAGGCUAAUGUUUUCAUCUUCUCAUCGUACAUCUGUAAAUCUCAAGGACAAAUGGCGAAAUCUUUUAAACAGCAGUACUCGAGCGCUGAGAAAGAGCAAGGUUCAGCAAGAGUCAAAUCAGCUACCAGAGUCUGUUCUGUGCCAGGUCAGGGAGCUGGCUAUCAUAUAUGCAUAUCCAAGGAAAAAUAAGCCCAGCAUGUCAUGCACUGCGUAA